UGGCUUUUUUCGUAAAUGGAAAACGUUACAAGAAAAAAAGCUGAUCCAGUAAACAUGGCGGCGCUGAGAAGUUCCGUUUCGGCUGUUGUCUGCGGCAUUCUACCGAACAUAAAUUUACUUGGACAUGGCUUGCAACAGGUACGGAACUACGUCGGCUGCAGGGUGAUUCGCGACCAGAAGCGUAGAAGAUGGGUGAAGGAGUACGCCGAAGAACGAUUGCGAUUAGUCGUCUUGAAGCGUAAUGAUAUUCUGCCAAUUGAAAUAAGAGAGCUUGCUGGCAAGCAAAUAGAUGAGACGAUUCCUAGGCAGACUGCGUUGAGACAACUGACACCAAGAUGCGUGGUGACGUCUCGAGCCUACGGUACAGUGCAACGAUGGAGGGUAUCGCGAUUCAUCUUUCGUUACCUAGUCGACUAUAAUAAAAUGGCCGGAGUGCAACGUGCCAUUUGGUAGAAUAAUUUGCACUUGGACUAUAUGUUACUCCGUUGUUAUGUAUAAAUGAAUAUUAAUGAAGAGUGAACGACGACACGAUCGCAUAUGUGAAUAGAAUUAAAUAAAUUAUACUACAUUUCCCUA